UACAUAGAUGUUUACGUCAUUCUCUUCAUUUUUAUAAAUAAGCCAUGAAAGACGUGAUUGUAUAAAAUUGUUUUUAUUUGUUUUGAAUUAACGUAUUUACUUUAUUUGCAGUUUUUAUAAUUUUAGAUCGAGUAAUAUCUGAAAAAUGUCGUCGCCACGCCCCAAAUCCCCUCGAACUCCAGUAUUGCCUAAAAAAGAAGAAAAGGAAGAGUCUUUUUGGGAUAAAAUUGGUACUAUUGGUCGCAAAAAGCGCAUAAAAGAAGUGCAAGAGGUUCAGGCAGAAGGUAAAUUUGCCAUAGAUUCGCCAGGAAGUCCAACGGCACCAGAAAUCCCGCCAGAAGAAUACAGUCUACAUGACAACGAAGAGAGAGCAAUAAUAGAGCCCAGGUCGCUCGAGGACCCCAGAGUGAAGGAGUUGAUCCAAGUCCUCAUUGACUGGAUUAAUGAUGAAUUGGCUGCACAGAGGAUCAUCGUAAAAGACAUAAGCGAGGAUUUGUAUGAUGGACAAGUACUGCAGAAGCUUCUAGAAAAGCUGACAGAGACCAAGUUGGAUGUGCCGGAGGUGACACAGAGCGAAGAGGGGCAGAGACAGAAGUUGGCUGUAGUUUUGAGAGAUGUUAAUAGGGUGUUGUACGGCACAUCGAAACCGGUGCAGCAGUGGAGCGUGGACUCGGUGCACUCCAAGAAUGUGGUGUCCAUAUUGCACCUGCUGGUAGCACUGGCGCGCCACUUCCGGGCGCCGAUCCGUCUGCCAGAGAAUGUCAGCGUGAAUGUCGUUGUUGUUAAGAAGGAUGCGCCUAAUCAGCUGUCGCAUCGCACAUACAUCGAAGACAUAACAACGACGUACGACGACCUCGGCAUGAAGUGCGAGCGCGACGCGUUCGACGCACUGUUCGACCACGCGCCGGACAAACUGCAAGUCGUUAAGAAGUCGCUGAUAACAUUCGUGAACAAGCACCUCAGCAAGGUGAACCUGGAGGUCCUCGAUCUAGACUCGCAGUUCCACGACGGCGUGUACCUGGUGCUGCUGAUGGGUCUACUGGAGGGCUUCUUCGUGCCGCUGUUCGACUUCCACCUGACCCCGCAGGACUUCGACCAGAAGGUCCAUAAUGUGUCCUUCGCAUUUGAGCUGAUGCAAGAUGUGGGUUUGGCAAAGCCGAAAGCUAGACCAGAAGAUAUCGUGAAUCUAGAUCUGAAAUCUACACUCAGGGUUUUGUACAAUCUAUUCACAAAGUACAAGAAUAUGGCGUAACUGAAUUCAUUUAGAAAUUUGCCAUCACCUUAAAUAGUUUAACAUUGACUAAUGUUAAUGAAAUUAAUUUUAUAUCGUGUUCAAUUUUAUUAACAUAACUGUAUCUGCUUAAGCUAACAAUGAAAUUAUAUAAAUGUUUUAUUUU